AGACAGACGCAUACGCGCGAGAAGUGCGAGAAAAGUAGUUUGCGAUCCAGAGCUUCUGAUUAUAAUAACUGCCAGAAUAACUGCUCUAGUUCAAAGUGGGGGUAUUGUUUGCAGAGGCCAAAAAUCGGAUGCAGUGAAUCUAAGUGUUGUUAAAGUGAAACGAGCUGUGGCAACUGCAUUGACAAAGGAAGUGAUCCAGUGAGUGAACGGGUUUUGGCCAGCAUUUUCAACUGGCCAAAUCGGAGAGCCGACGCGGCGCGGCAGUGAAUGCAAUUCCGAUUUCGAAACAUACAGAAACGAAAGUCUGGUGAAGAAAGUUCUCCGUCGCCGUAUGCAAAAACCUAAUUGCCAGCCAGCCGAGUGAACCAGAAACUCCUGCAGGAAUUACAAACUCCCGAGUGCGAGAAGAAAACUGAACCGAAUCGAGAACCUUGGCAUGCGAGUGCAGCUGCAAGGCGAAGGAUAAUGAAAAUGGGUAGCCAGGACAUCGACGGGGCGAAAUUAAAAGCAAACAUCCACAGAAAGCGGCGAUGCAGUCCACUGCUAUAUGGAAUCAUUUUGCUCUACAAAGUGGCAAUGAUACCGGCAGCUGUUCCGGAAUUGGAAGCAGGAACCCCCUAUAGUCAGCCCCUCACUACGAUGGCGGGACAGCCGCGCAACGACGACACAUUCCGACCCAUCCUACCCAUUGACAUCAGUCCGGAGUUCAUAUCGCGAAAUGUCUUCACCAAGUCGGGACAGUACAGAGUGUUCCAGCCGGCGGAGAGCGAAAGUGAUCUGCGCUUGGCAGUGGUCAUGCGUCGCCGGAACUUUAAACACUCCUCGGACUCACCAAUACAGGAGGCGUCCAAGAGUUCGGGAGUCGCCUUUAAGAAAAAUUCCACUGCCUCUAUUGACGCCGAGCUAAAGGGUCUGGAGGAUCUGCUCGUGGACUACGUGGAGCAGUUCUUUAGCAACGGCAAAUAUGAACCCACUCCCGGCUUGGUCCUGGCCCUACAGCAGAACCACUCGCAACAACAAUCCCACACUGGAAAGCGCACAUCCCGAAGCGUUUUGGAGGACACCAACGUGGAGCUGAAUGUUCCAAGGGCUUUUGAAAGCGCCCGACUACUUUUUUUCAGCGGUUUGAAGAAGGUGAUGUGGCCCAUAUACAUGGGUCUGCAAGUGCUGAAGAGCGUGCUUUUCGCCAUGUUCCUGCCAACCAUCAUCAGCAGUGUAAGCCGACUGAUUGGCAAGGGCAUAACAUCCGGCUCGGCUGGGUCGGUGCCGUUGUUCAUCCGCCCCAUGGAGCCGCCGCAGGAACUGGACUUCCGGGACAACAGCAUGAAUUUCGAUGACGACAGCAAGUUUUCCCUGGCGGACGAGAGCAAAACGCCAGCUGGCUACGAGUACAAUGCAGAGGCUUCCCAGCAGCAGGCGCAAUAUGCCCAGGUGAACGGGAACUCAGUAAACCAGGCCACUUUGUCGCGCUACGGAGGUCAGCAGAUGAUGCAGGACACCUAUCUGAGUGCUCUGCAGAGUAUUGGGGCUGCCUCCUUCAAGAACUCCCAGAGCAUGUCGGGAUCCUUCAGUGCAGGAGCUGGUGGCGGAGCUCCAGGAAUGACGAAGAAACCAACGCCAGCGGUCAUGAACACGUUCCAGAGCUUCAAAAAGGUGCCCAGCUCGUCGCUUUUGCUGUCCAACUACGACCCCUUCUACAGUCCACUAUUGUCUCGCUUGGACUCGGUGUUUGCCCAGCUCAAAUUGAAUCCGGAGAACGAGGCUUGCCGGGAGAAACUCAUCUGCCUGAUGUACGCCAACCCCGCGAAGUAUGCUCCGUACAGCAACCUGGUAUCCGCCCAACUCAGCAGGGAACUGAACGAGCUACGGAAGCCGACUUCCGACAACCCGGACAUCCUGCGAUUCUUCAAGUACAUGCGGGCGGCGAAGGACGGCCAGGACGGCGUCGACUGCGACGAGUCCUUCGCCAAGUGCAAGGAGCUGAAGGACCUCGAGAACCCGGCAAUGCUGUCCACCUACAACGACAUCAACAAACUGGUCCAGGCCCGCAAGCUGGCGUAGACAGGGUCAAAACGCCUCGGAGCCAUCUCUGGAACGGGAUGGGGUCGAGAUGACAGCAAAGUUCGUGGGAGUCACGUCAAAAGUCCGUCUGACAUCCCGACAUGCCUGCCUUCUGGGGAUGGGCGGUGUAAUUAUGCAAAUCGUACUUAAGAUAGGAUAGCCUAGCCAUAUAUUGAGGU